AUUAUAAUGGAAUGUGCAACUGGCCGCUGAUAAUGGUUUUAAUACUAGCCUUUAUGUAGUAAAAUUAUUUACUGUUAUUUACCAUUACAAUCAAUCGGAGGCAAAAUAAAUGUAUGUUAACUAAGUAACUGGUUUUCUACCACCAGGAGAGAGCAAGACAAGAGGAAUUGGAUCAAAUAAAGAAAGCUCAAAUCGCCACCGAAGAGUACCAACGAGAAAUCACCAGGAUGAUGUCCCGCCCGUUCUUUAGUGACGAAGUACAUCCAUUUAUGAAACAAAUGGCGAAAGGCUUGAAGACACCUGAAAAAUGUCCGUGCUCCAAGCCAGACUAUUGCAAAUGAACACAUAUUUAAUUUUAUGUGUUAGAGAUGAUAUUUGAAUAAAUUAGUUUGAACGUUUAU